CACUAUUAAACGUUAUUAGGUAGACCACCCUGGUAGGUCAAUUUAGUUGAGCGGAAUGUUUUAUAGUUACUGCUGUCUAAGACUUUCUGGACAUAUGUUACUUGCAAGUGCGGACGACUGUUUACUGCCCGAUAAGAAGUAAAUUAGAUAAGGGUUAGGUUAGAAAAUAAAAACAUUUCCCUAUCUACAAACUAUAUUGAAAUUUACAUUUGCGGCUGAAUUCAAAAACUGGUAAUAAUUAUUAAUAAUGUUAUAUCUAACGGCUAUGAUUAUGAAACGUUGAGUGUUUUUAAAGUCUCACGUGUUUAACCUCACAAGUCACAACCAAAUGAUACAAAUAAAUAGACAAGUAGACAUAUAGGUCGAUUUUUUAGUUAAAUAGACAAGUUGACAUAUAGGUCGAUUUUUUAAUUCAAGUAGCUAGGAGAUACGUAGACAAUAUCUAAACUACCACAACAUCCAUCUCCGUUCAUCAAUAUAUAGUCAAUGAACUUAUAAUAUUUCCCUCUGGAUAUGCCUCAAAUAUGGUUGUUCACUUGAUCUCUCCUAUCGCACGAACCCUAGCCCUAAUCUUCAUCUCUCUCCCCUCUCUCAUUAACACAUCCUUAUUGGAUUACGACACUCUAGUGUUCAGUAAAUGUGAUUCAUCAGACACAAACAUCCUCCAAAAAACAACAACCACACAGUAUCCCAAUUACUCAAACCAUAAUCUCUUUCUUCGUGCGCAAGCUCUUUAUUCUUUCUUAAGCAAACUCGAAUCAGAAUCCUCUCGAGCGAAGUUCUUUAAGACUCUAGCUGGUAACGACCAACACGCCGUCUCAGGAUGGUUCCAAUGCAGAGAAGAUUAUCCGAGUGAGAUAUGCCAUAGAUGUGUUACUGAGCUUCGUGGUAUUUCGUCUAGAAUGUGUGGAAAUGCUACGUCAGCUCGUGUUCAUCUCAGGGGAUGUCACAUGGUGUACGAAUUCGAAUUUGUUGAUACCCCUACUGCUCCCUAUAAUCAUCAUAACUACAAGUUAAUGGAAACACCGGAACGCGGUCUCAUCCACAAGAUAUGUAACGGAGCUACGGCGGAGACGUUCGCCGGAUUCGAAGAGAUGAGAACGGUGGCAUUCACUGCUGCCGAAACAGGAGUCGUUGACGGGCACGGGUUCUACGAGGAAAGCUACAAGCUCAUGCACGUUGUGGCUCAGUGCGACGGCCACGUUGAAGCCUGUGAGUGCGGCGAGUGCGUCAGUGCAGCCGCGGCAGCAGCGGCAGAAGAGUGUCCGUGGUCCAUCGCCGGUCAAAUAUACUUGGAAGGUUGCUACGUUGGGUAUACGUAUAACCCGCAUGAAUAUCCCGGUGAUUCAUACCACGAGGAAGGGGGACAAGCAAGCACGGGGAAGUCGUUGGCGAUAGUUGUAGGAGGAGUCGCGGCUUUGGUCCUUGUUGCUAUUUUCUUCUUGUUCCUCAAGAGCUUGCGUAGAAAAGGAGAUGAUUGUUGAAGAGAAGGUCUACAUCGGAAAGACGUUGGAAAAUUUUGUUUGCUCCUAGUAUUUGUUAAAUCAACUUAAGAACAUUUGGUUCACAAUGAAAGAUAUCAAACUCGGUUGGGAAUAUAACAAUAGUUAGAUGAUAUAAUAAUGUGAAAUAUUUGUAUUUGCUUAAUGGUUUCCCUAAAAUCGGUAAGUCACCUUAUAUGUAAUAAAUCUUUCAACACUUAGAGAAUAUUGUAAAUUCUGAAAAAACGUGGAAAGAAUUGUGGCAUCCACUCGUGAGUAAUAAACGUGAAAUAAUCAUAA